CGAACUUCAUGUCCGUCCAGUCGCCUCGCCCCCGUCAUUGAACCAGCCCGCCGUGUAACGUCAGGCUAUCGGCCACAGUCCCCUGUGACAAUGUCCGCGCCGACCGACUCUGGAAACCCGCCCUCCUUCUCACAGCCUUCACAGCAUCAAGGACAUGGGUCAAAGCCCCUCCCUCCCCAAGCGCCCAGAGCACAGCGCGUUCUAUCGUGCGUGCUCUGCCAGCAGCGCAAGGUGCGAUGCGACCGCAGCUUCCCCUGCGCGAAUUGCGUCCGGCACAAGGCGCGGUGUGUGCCGGCUACGCAGGUCCGUCAGCGCCGGCGCCGCUUCCCGGAACGCGAGCUCCUGGAUCGGCUCCGUCAGUAUGAGGGGCUGCUGCGAAGGAACGGCGUCAAGUUCGAGCCGCUUCACAAGGCGUCUGCCGCGGGAAAAGCGCCCGUUCGAGACUGCGAAGACGACAACGACAAUGACGAAGGCGACUCAGAUGCCGAUGCACCGCCCGCUAGCGCUGCCGAUGGCUCUUCGCCCUGGACGGCUGCGCAGCCUGAGGGCGCUUUCGAAGUGAGAAGCAUCUGGCAGGCCAUGACCCAAGAAACCCAAGCGUCCACAAAUAGCAGUGACGCUCCCGUCGCCAGUAUGGUGCAAAGCACGGUAAAGAGUGCAUUGGACGAGCUAGGGCACGAUGACGACCUCUUAUUCGGUAACCAGCACCAAACCCUCAUCGACCUCUCGACGCUCCACCCCGAUGCGGUUGACAUCUUUAGGCUCUGGCAAGUGUACCUCGAGAAUGCAGAUCCGCUCUUCAAAGUCACGCACAAUCCCAGCCUGCAACGGCGCAUCAUCGCAGCGGCGAAGAACCUCGCCAGCAUUGAGCGCUCUCUGGAGGCUCUCAUGUUUAGUAUCUACUCCCUGGCGACGUUUAGUCUCACCGAGGAGGAUUGUCUGGACAUGUUUGGUCUUGCAAAGGAUGAUCUGCAGGCCAGGUAUCGUUUCGGCUGUCAGCAAGCCCUCAUGAAUGCCAGAUACUUGCGGUCAGCAGACCGCGACUGUUUGACAGCGUUUUACCUUUACUUGCUCUCGGCUCGUCUCGACUCGGAUCCGCGUUCAACAUCUUCCAUGCUCGCCGUCGCACUCCGCAUCGCGCAGGGUAUGGGGAUCCACAAAGAAUCGUGCCUCUCCCAGCUCCCUCCUUUUGAAGCAGAGAUGCGCCGCAGGCUCUGGUGGGCAAUCAUGCUAUACGACUCCCGCCUAGGCGAAAAGACCGACCUCAAGGACGUGCCGUUGAGCCCGACAUGGGACUGCAAGAUUCCUCUCAACGUCGACGACUCUGAUCUCCGCGGGGACAUGAAGGAACUGCCAAAAGCCAAGGCGACCUCAACCCAGAUGCUCUAUGUCGUCGUACGCUGCGAGAUUGCGGAUUUCGUGCGCAAUGCGUCGUUUCAUCUGGACUUUACGAACCCGACCCUCAAGCCGUUAGCGAGGGUGCUACCCGACGGCGGCAGUCUCGAGGAUCUGGAAAGGCGCAUCGAGCAUCGGCACUUUGCAGCGUGCGACCCUGAAAAUCCGAUUCACUUUGUCACCGUCUGGAUGACGCGAACUUAUAUUGCCAAGUGCCGGCUGCUGGAGCACUACUCCCGAGGGUCUGGCUCUCAGCAAGCAGACAAGCAAAGAGAUCACGCCAUGUCACUAGCAUUGAAUCUCCUAGAAAGCGACACCAAGAUGAUGACGUCGCCUCUGGUCAGCGGGUUCCUCUGGCAUCUGCAGUCAUACUUCCCAUUCCCGGCAUACAUGCACAUUCUCCAGGACCUGCGGCAGCGCCCGCUCAGCGCGUUGGCCACGCAAGCUUGGGAUGUCCUGAGCGAUAGCUGCGAAGCCCGCUUCCCUCCACCUAAGCCUGUCGCGAACCCCUUGUUCAUAAUGUUCGGAAAGUUGGUCCUGGGCGCAUGGGAGGCCUUCGAAGCGGUGUCCGAGUCGGCGGAGCCUCGGAGCGUCCCAAGACUCGUCUCGUCCACACGCGAGAGGGACGCUGCGCGGGCACAGAUGAUGCAGUGUUCUGUAGCGGAUGGGCCGGGCGAAGUGGCAUACAUGAGCGCCAACGGCUGGUUCGCCGCGGCCCCAACCGGUGUUGAGGCGGAGGCGUUUAUGAUGAGCACGGCGACUCAUGGUGAUCUCGAAGAAGUGGACCCCUUUACCGGUCUCAGUUCCGAUGCCUCAUAUCCGUUGAACCCUGGAUCAUAUCAUAUUUAGCGGCCGUGGUUAAGGUUCGCGAAUCGGGGCUACCCCGGCAGCAGCGAGUAGACAAGGAUAUGCUCGAACCAGAGACGCCAAAUAAAGAACAGUGAAGCGGUCAUCAAUGCUCCAAUGCGGACCCUUGCAAACUGCGAAGAAAGGUAACGUUACCAAUUUUAUAUUGCGCUCGGGGCUUAUAAAGCCUGUUCUCGGGAGUUACAAACUCCCGAGCUUGGCCCCGGGUGCGAGACUCCA